CGUGCUAUUAACUCGGCUGGCUUCACCUUCGCCAAUCGUCCGGCAGACAGUGGGCGUGGUCACCAGCGGCCCCUCCCCCCAAUAUGUCAUCAUCAAACAUGUCGCUUGGACUUGUCGUCGUUUGACCCAUCACGUCGUCACGCGAUUCGCCUCAGUCGAGGCAGAGAAUGUAUGCUCCGAACACCAUAUGAUUUCGCAUGUUUUCUGCUCGUCCUCCUCCCGGCUUUCACUUCACCUUGGGACGACCAUCUCAUCGUCUCGAAUCUCGUUGACCGAUCUCUCCCAAGGACGAAAGGGGGGUUCGACCGUGGAGGCGAAGAAAAAAGGGGGAAAAAAGAGAAGAAAGAGAAAAGAGGCAGUUGCGUACCUAUGCGCGGGUGGUCGGCGACGAAUCCCGUCUCGCCGAGCGGCUCGUUCACCCUUUCGAAAAACGACGACGACGCACGCAUGCAAGGAACCAAGGAAAAGAAUGGGACGGAGAUCAUACCUCUGUAUGGCCGUCGUCUAGAAAGUUCAUCUCUGCAUCGUCUGUGCCCGUCCUGUUUCGCGACUCAUGAGAUACCUAGUGCGCCGGCCGCCUGCGCAUCCGUGGGACCAGAUAGCGCGCAUCUAUCUGAACAUAGCCUUCGUGCCUCUCACGCAAGAUGAUCUUCACGUGGGUGGUGCGGUACGUACGGCAAACCAUGGGAAAAUUGCCC